CCCCAGCUCGGUGCUCAGCGAGAAUGAAGUCGAGACGAGAUAAACUGAAGAUCCCCUCUCUGACUCUGGAUUUGUCACCCACAUGCCAGAGCCCCACCCUCCUGAGCCCAUGCAGCCCAUGCAGCCCCUGCAGCCCCUUACAAACCCUUCAUCCCUGGAGCUGUCGCAGCAGCAGGAAGAACCUCGGUGUCGGGACGCCGUCGCCCACAUUAUCCCGGCCGCUCUCCCCACUCUCACUUCAGACUGCCACCAGCAGCCCUUUGGACAGUCCGCGAAAUGUGGCGACCAGUGCCUUCCUCAACUUUCCAUUUGCCCGAAGCCACUUGGCUCGCGCAGACAGAGCUGAGGGCCGACGAUGGUCCCUGGCGUCCCUCCCUUCGUCUGGAUAUGGAACCAACCCACCAAGCUCCACCGUCUCGUCCUCCUCGUCCUCCCAGGAGCGUCUCCACCAGCUUCCCUACCAGCCGACACAAGACGAACCUCACUUCAUCUUCAAGCACUUCCGCAGCACAGACAGCAUAACAGACGAGGAUGGACGGCCCUCGCCGGUCAUACGACCGCGGUCUCGGAGCCUCAGCCCAGGCCGAUCAAGUGUCUCCUUCGAUAAUGAGGUAGUCAUGAUGAACCAUGUUUACAGAGAACGUUUUCCAAAGGCCACAGCCCAGAUGGAGGAUCGCUUGUUGGAGAUUGUCACACAUUACUCUCCAGACAGCUCCCUCCGGCUGGCUGAUGGGGUAUUGGGCUUCAUCCAGCACCAGUUGGUGGAGCUGGUCAGACACUGUCUGGAUAAGUCCCAGAAUGGCCUGGUCACCUCUCGUUACUUUGUUGAGCUGCAGGAGAAGCUGGAAAAGCUGCUUCACGAGGCCUACGAGCGCUCGGAAAGUGAAGAGGUGACUGUCAUCACCCAGCUGGUGAGAAAGAUCCUCAUCAUAAUCUCUCGACCGGCUCGCCUCCUUGAAUGUCUGGAGUUUGACCCAGAAGAGUUUUACCACCUACUUGAAGCGGCAGAGGGCCACGCCAAAGUCGGCCAGGGAAUCAAGACGGACAUCCCACGGUACAUCAUCAGCCAGCUGGGCCUCACACGGGACCCGUUAGAAGACAUGGUACAGCUUGAACAGUACGAGGCCAGUCCCUCAGCUUCAGCCUCAGUUUCAGCAUCAGCAGAAGCAGAUGCUAAUGUGGAGAAUAAGGCUCCACAGACGCUGACUCCAACUCGAAGAAAACCUCUUGAGAGCGAUUUUGAGACCAUCAAACUCAUAAGUAACGGAGCAUAUGGGGCGGUCUAUCUGGUUCGUCACAAGGAGACCCGGCAGCGGUUUGCCAUGAAAAAGAUAAACCGGCAGAACCUGGUGCUGAGGAACCAGAUCCAGCAGGCCUUUGUGGAGCGGGACAUCCUAACCUUUGCUGAGAACCCUUUUGUUGUUUCCAUGUUCUGCUCAUUUGAGACACGACGUCACCUCUGCAUGGUCAUGGAGUAUGUAGAAGGUGGAGAUUGCGCCAACCUUCUGAAAAACAUGGGCCCACUACCUGUAGAAAUGUCAAGGCUGUACUUUGCUGAAACAGUCCUCGCUUUGGAGUACCUUCACAACUAUGGCAUUGUGCAUCGGGAUCUUAAACCUGACAAUUUGCUGAUUACGUCUAUGGGCCACAUCAAGCUGACUGACUUCGGUCUCUCUAAAAUCGGCCUGAUGAACAUGACAACCAACCUGUAUGAGGGUCACAUAGAGAAAGACACACGAGAGUUUGUUGACAAACAGGUGUGUGGAACUCCAGAGUACAUAGCCCCAGAGGUGAUCCUCAGACAGGGCUAUGGGAAGCCAGUGGACUGGUGGGCGAUGGGGAUCAUCCUUUAUGAAUUUCUGGUCGGCUGUGUCCCGUUUUUUGGAGACACUCCGGAAGAGCUUUUUGGACAAGUUGUCAGUGAUGAAAUCAUUUGGCCUGAAGGAGAGGAUGCGCUACCUACUGAUGCCCAGGACCUGAUCACCCGCCUGCUGAGGCAGAACCCUUUAGACCGACUGGGAACAGGUGGAGCCUCAGAGGUGAAGCAGCACCCUUUCUUCCUGGGGUUGGACUGGAACGGGCUCCUCCGACAGAAAGCAGAGUUCAUCCCUCAGCUGGAGGCCGAGGAUGAUACGAGCUACUUUGACACUCGUUCGGAUCGCUACCAUCAUAUGGCCUCUGAUGAAGAUGACGAGACCAACGACGAAGAAUCUUCCUUGGAAAUCAGACAGUUUGCUUCCUGGUCGCAUCGCUUCAGCAAGGUUUACAGCAGCACCGAACAUCUGGCGACACCAUCCAACCUGAGUUUCUCCUCCGACCGCAGCCACAGUGAGGAUAAAGAGGACCACGGGGACGUGGGAGGGCUCAGUGCCUCGCCGAGCCCAGCAGAUAGCAGUGCAGAGCCCAGGCAGUCUGGACGCAUGGCCAGCCUUCGCCCCCGGGCAUCCUCCAGCUCCUCCCAGUCUGACAGAAGCAGCAGUCCUCUGGUAAUGAGCAGCACUCACAGCCUGGAGACAAUGCCCCGGUUUGCCCUCUCCACUGAUGAUGAAGCAGAGGUGGUGGUAUCAAAUCUUCGGCGGAUCAGGAUUCGCAGCAACAGUACCGGGGGGAAACAGUCGUCCCCUAAGGACACAGCAGCCCCUCGGCGCUUUGGUAACCAGCUGGAGACACCAGACAGGCAGAGACUUCCCUGUGGAGGAAAGGUUCCUAAGUCUGCAUCUGUCUCCGCCCUGUCUCUCAUCAUUACUACAGAUGAUUCACCCAGUGGCCUCCACCCCGGUCCCAUCUCCCCACGCUCACUGUCUUCCAACCCCUCAUCUCGGGACUCGUCCCCUAACCGGGAUCUAUUAUUCAGCCCCAGCAGCCUGAGGCCACCAAUCAUCAUCCACACAUCAGGGAAGAAGUAUGGCUUCACCCUGCAGGCCAUCCGGGUGUACAUGGGCGACAGCGAUGUCUACACUGUGCAUCACAUGGUGUCGAGUGUGGAGGAGGGCAGCCCGGCUCACCAGGCAGGUCUCUGCACUGGAGACCUCAUCACCCACGUGAACGGAGAGUCUGUCCAGGGCCUGGUCCACACAGAGAUGAUGGAACUGCUGCUGAAGAGCGGCAGCAAGGUGGCUCUUCAGACCAUAGCGCUUGAGAACACGUCUAUUAAAGUCGGUCCUGCGCGAAAGACCAAACACAAAGGGAAGAUGGCUCGCCGGAGCAAGAAGAGCAAGAGGAGAGAUAAUUACGACAGGCGACGGACCAUCUUUAAGAAGUUGUCCAAGCAGAGCACAGUGAUGCACUGCAGUCGCAGCUUCUCCUCUGGUCUUCAUCACUCGGUUUCCUCCAGUGAGAGUCUUCCAGGCUCCCCGACUCACAGCCUCUCCCCCGGGCCAUCCACACCCUGCCGGAGCCCUGCACCUGACCAUCAGGGCCAUGAGAAUAACUCUCCACAGAGUACAUCUCCUUGCUCCAGCUCUCCCAGCUCCCCCGCCACACACAGUCGACCCAUCACACUUGGCCUGGGCUCUAAACUCAGCCCGCAACGUUACAGUAAGGUGGGCCGGCGCAAGUCCACCAGCAACAUCCCCCCAUCGCCCCUGGCCUGCAGCAGCUCCUCAUCCUCCAAUCAGCCACUUUCCCCACAGCGCUCGCCCUCUCCUCUGCCAGGCUUUGCCAAAACCCUUCACACGUACCAUGGAAAAACCCUGUCGCCCCCCACCAUCAUUAGACACAUUGUCCGGCCACGCAGCGCAGAACCGCCUCGUUCGCCUUUGCUCAAGAGGGUGCAGUCAGCUGAGAAACUGUCUGGAGUGUAUCAUGCUGACAAGAAGUCAAAAGCCCCCCGCAGGCACACGCUGGAAGUGCCGUUUUACGGUGAGGGUGACCUGCUGGGUGACUCAGAGGUGGAUGCAGCCUGUGGAGGCUCUUACGUCGGGGUUGAUCACGGCAGACUUGGGGCAUACAUUACCAGCCAAAGGAUGCGGGACUCUGGGAUUGAGCGAUCAGAGCAGCUGGUUGUGAUGCGGAAGCUUAACCUGUCAGAGCGGCGAGACUCCUUCAAGAAGCAGGAAGCAGUGCAGGAGGUGAGCUUUGAUGAGCCAGAGGAGAAAAGCGGUGGCAGCACAGUAGUGGGGACCACCACACCUCCAGGGGCUCAAACACAACAGGAGCAGCACAGGAUGGCCUGGACUGUGACUCGACCCCAAUCCAGCCAGGAGAUUGAGAUGGAAGUCCCUGUGGUGAGGAGGUUCACGCUGGUGCCGCAGAUAGCUGUGCAGGGCUCAACGGAGAGCGAGCAAGAUGAGUGGGAGCCAUGCUCAGAUGGAGAGGACUCCGGUGAGAAGCCUGAGCUGGAGGUGGACAUCACUUCAUGUUCGCAGCAACACACAAGAUGUCUUCUCGUCAACAGCAGCUGCAGACAGGCAGCAGAAACGACUACCACUGGUCCUCAAAUUGCACCAGAGAAGACACCAGAGUUCAGAGAGGAAACACAAAAAGGGUAUCCGAGAAAGUGACGGCUCACCGCUGUAGUCAUAAAACCUGCUCAUAUCUUUUCUUUUGAGUCUUUCAGAGGUGACGAACUGCAAGCUAAGUCAUUUCCAAACUCGUUGGGCUGAAAGAGCGGAAGAAACUCUUACUUGAAUUUUGUUUUGUAAAAAUUUGCCUUCAGGCAUUGCAGACCUUCUGGUCUUAUUUAUUACAUUUGUAUGUAAGUAUGAGAAGUUUGUAACAAGGGAAAAAGAGGGAAGUUCUCAUUGGUUGACCAGUCAAGGCUCAACAUUUUUGUAUCCAUAAAAUGUGGUUUUAUGUCUUUUGAAUGGAUUAUUUUUUUAAAAUGUCUAUUUUUUAAAUAAAUUCUGGUACAGAGUAGUAGAGAUAAUGCUGCGUAAAACUGUUGGACCAAAUGGUACGAGAAGUCAAGGUUACUUUUUUUUUUCCCCCCCUUUUCUCAUUCAGUGUCUGUUUGUGUUUGUAGUACUGCUGUAGGUCGUCCUGAACCUAAAAAUGACCUUUUGUUCACACUGUGAGCAACAUGACUGAUGUGUCAUUGUCUGAUCAACUGUCGGUCAGACGUUGCAACAGACAGUACUACAUCAGAUUGUAUUGGUGCGCAACAUCCUUUAGAAGGAGUAAAACAGAAGCUACUAAGCGCUAAUUAGACUGCAGGAAAAACAAACAACUGUUAUUAAUGAAACAGUCAUAUCAGCAGAGAGAGAAGCGGCUCUGCAUUGUCUGACAGAAGACAUGAAAAGAUAAGUUGUUUCCCUGAUGACUUCAUCAUGUCUGUAAGGCACAUACUGUAUACUUGCACAACUUGUUGGUUUGGUCAUGUUCCUUGCGUGUGAAUUCAUGGGAACUGCAUAGUUUUUCAUUCUUGUGGAGAAUAAUGUUGAACUGCAUAGUUUUUCAUUCUUGUGGAGAAUAAUGUUGCAAGUCACAGUGAGACACUACCCACCUUUGUCUUAUUUUAUGAAGACACGAAGCUGAAGGUUUUUAUGUGCCAUGGUAUCCGUGCAAUGUCCUCUAAGCCAUAUCUUUGAAGGCAGAAACAUUUGUAAUCUUUGCUCAAUAUGAAGAUUUGCUUUGUGUUUUGCUUUUUUUUUUUUUGUUGUUCCCACUGUUAUGGAAAAUGAUGCUGAGCACGAAGCUCUGGAUGUUCCACGCUCACGUUUGUGUGUGCUGCGGGCUCUGCGAGUUUGUCAUUCGAACUCUGACGCACCGUGGCUGCGCGUCGUGCCGGAACGGCGCGUUCGUCUCACAGCAUGCCGUUCGCUACGUCACGGUCCGUUUUCUUCAGAGCGUGGAGGGGAUGGUUUAAAACACUUUGGUAUUCAUUUUUUGGGAGGCUUUCCUUACUUACUAUGACAACACAUGUUGGAUUUUUGAAGCUUCGCGCCCACAUGUAUAAGUGUGUUUAUUUUUUCCAGAGUCUGUAGCGUUUUUCUUUUUCUUUUUCUUUUUCCCACAUGUGCAUGUGAAAGAGACCGUUCAUAAAUGCCCUGGUCCUACUUCAUGUGAUCUGCAGUGCUGUUUACAUCCAAGGGGAAAGUGCACUAAUGUAUUUAGACAUAAAUUUUGUAACUGAAUGUGAAAGGCAAACCGAGAGAAACACAUUAACAGUGAAAUCAGGGCUUCUUUGAGCAAGUGUUUUUUUUUUUUUUUUUUUUUUUUUUGUCUUUGUAUUGUACAAAUUUUGAUGUAUAUUUUGGUAACAGUGUGUAUAAUUCCAAGUGUACUGAAGGACAUAAUAUGCACGAUGACAGUUUGUGGCACGAGGGAUUUUUUUUUUUUAGGAAUUCUGACUUGAGGGAAUGAGCUUUUUUUUUAACCAUCUUGCUGGGAUUCAUGCAGUGUUUGACAGCUGCACAGAUUGACUUCACAGCAGAGAUGAAGCUUGGUGAGUUAUUGUCCUCUUUGUAAGUGGCUAUUCCUGGCUUUUGUACGGACUUUUCUCUGAGUCUUCUCUUUAUAAACAACUGUAGUGUUACUUCGACCCCUCUUCUUCCUGAAAAAAAAAAAAAGAAGAAAAAAAAAAAUGGUCUUCAAUCUUGUGAUGACAACCUUACCAGGAUGCUGUCGUUGUGUUAGUGAAGCAAACAGACAGACCACUCGGUUAUUUUUUGCAGUCUGACAGAAUUGUUUACAAUGAACAAACAUGCUAUGUACUGUACAAACAUUUUCUAUCCUGUGGCUGUACACCAUGAAACUAUCCUCUUUGAUACCAACAGAGAAAACAACACUAAUAGAAGCUGUAUAUCUGUUUUUUUGUUUUUUGUUUUUUUUUUUGGGGGGGGGGGGUUAUUUUGAAGAAACUGUUCUUGAAGAGUAGUUUGACACCAAUCUCAGAAGCAUUUUCUGUAUCUGCAUGCACAUACAUUACAUGAUUAUUGGCAGUUUCUUGGCGUUCAGACUCCAUAAAGAAGCUGUACAGAUUAAUUGAAUGGGGGAAGAAAAAAAAAGGGGGGGGGGGGGUAAUGGGAAACAUGAACAUUUCUUCUGCUGUUUACCCUGUUCUUAUUUGCAUGAGAAAAAUGCUUUACACCAAAAGUAAACCUGAGAAAGGAUAAAUAAUAAAAUAUAUAUUUACACUAGAGGUUUUGUCUUGUAUACAAAAAAAGCCAAUUAAACAAUGUAAACAUCAAAUUUAGAGUAUGGGACAAGAUCUUUACAGGAGAUCAGUAAAAAAAAAAUUAUUUAAAAAGAUAAGGGUUUCUUUUUAAUAAUCUUGUAUGUAAAAAUACUUUGCUGAUCUCCACCAGUGGGAAGUUUCAGCCACCGGAGGUCAGCCGGUGUUGAGCGUACUCUUCUUAAAGAACAAGCUGGCAGGUCAAAGUGUCGUACACGUGCAUGUGUUCUCCUGUGGACUCUUCUGUUCAGUGCAUGCUGCAUGAGACAAGCACACAGCUGUAAUACUUGACUGCAUGGUACCGGCGAUGUCGCCCUCUACUGUGUUUUCUUGUGCAACAAAUAAACUUUGUAAUUCCCUUUGA